AUGGCGAAUCGCACGGAGAAAACUGCAAAAACCGUAAAAGGAACGAAUCCGCAGUUCCUUGUCGAAAAGAUCAUUCGCCAACGUAUCUAUGACAGCAUGUACUGGAAGGAGCACUGCUUCGCGCUUACAGGUAACCCAUUUACAAUCGUUUUACGCAUAAUGCGUGUGUUUCAGCUGAACUCGUCGUCGAUAAAGGCAUGGAUCUCCGUUACAUCGGCGGAAUCUACGCCGGAAACAUCAAGCCCACUCCGUUCCUGUGCCUUGCGCUCAAAAUGCUCCAAAUUCAGCCGGACAAGGAUAUCGUGCUCGAAUUCAUUCAGCAAGAAGAGUUUAAGUACAUCCGUGCUCUCGGAGCCAUGUAUCUCCGACUCACGUUCGAAUCGACAGAAAUCUACAAAUACCUGGAGCCAUUAUACAACGACUUUCGCAAACUGAGAUUUAUGAACAAAAUGGGACGGUUCGAGGUGAUUUACAUGGACGAUUUCAUCGAUAAUCUGCUGCGCGAAGAUCGUUACUGCGACAUCCAGCUGCCACGUCUUCAAAAAAGAUGGGCGCUGGAAGAAGUCACGUCGCUGCCACCGUACAAAUCGCUGCUCGACGGAGAUCUCGUCGCGUUGUCAGAGUCCGAAGAGGAGGAAGAGGAGGAGGAGAAGAAGGAGAAGCCGCGUCUCACUUCGAGGCGGCGCAGUCGCAGUCGUGAUCGUGAGAGAGAAGUGGGCGACAGGAGAGGUGUUCACGAGCGGGAGAAGCAGCGGGAGCGUCGCGAGAAAGGCGACGACGAGCCGGGACCGAGUAGCAGCAGCAGCCGACGCGACGAGAGGGACGAUCGGAAGAGAGAUCGGGAUCGCAGCAGGGACCGAGACAGGGAGCGCAAAGACAAAAGAGGUUCGGAUUAGAAAUUUUCCUUAAUGCUUUCGAAUGACCUCGUCUCCUUUCAGACGAUGAUCGCCGCGACCGCAAGAAAGAAUCACGUCGUGGCGGCGGAGACAACGACGAAGAACGCGAGAUUGCGGAGGCGAAUGCCCUGCGCGCCAAGCUCGGAUUAGCUCCACUCGAGCGAUAA